GUACAACGAAAUGUCAUUUAACAGCUGAUGUUUUUAUUUUGGUUUAGAGUUUUUUUUCACUUUUCUUUCGUGUUUAAUAGAAAAAUGACUGACGAAGAGCCGCAUAAGAGUGUUAUGUUUUUUGGCCGAGAUGUCAGCCAAAUACCAUGCUUUCGAAAUUCAUUCUUGUAUGGCAUCGCAGGUGGACUGACAGUGGGUGCUUUAACAUUUUUGAGAACUUCUAGAGCUCAAUAUUCAACACAUGUAGGAUUUGGUUCGUUUGUACUUGGAACAUUUGGUUAUUGGUUUGUUUGCAGAUACCAAUGGUCAAAGACAAAGUUUGAGUACCAACAACUUAAAGCAGCUAUGAAACAACAAGCGCGCUAUGAGGGAACCGAUAUUGAAAAGAACUUACAUGAUGCGUAGCAGCAACACAGUUUAUAGUAAUCUGCUUAAAAUUGAUUAUUUUUGUUGGUUCUAAAUGUCGUUUGUUCAAUUUAGUUAAAUAGUACCUUCUUUACAAAGUAGCAUAAACUAUUUUAUUAUUUUAAUUAAUAGAUAAAACAUUAAAAGAUUAAAUAUUCAAA